CUUGCCCUCAUUAGUUUUGUAGCUAUCCCGAUAUGGUCUAGUAACCGAGUGUGCCGCACCAUCGGUACGGGCGAUCAAAGGGACAUCCUCGCAGGGAAACAAGCAAGCCUAAGUUCAAAGAACUAUAGGGAGUAUUAAAGAUCGAAGGUAACCCAAUUCAGGCCGUAUCCAACCUAUAAGUUCUAUUAUCUAUUAUCCUGAAGCGAGAGACACCAUGGCCGCGACACAAACAGUACAAGUACCACACUUGGAAGCCCGGGUUGGGUAUGCUAUAUCAAAUAACAAGCUGGAUACUUCAAAGCCGACAUGGGUGCUCAUCAACCCCAUGUGCACUUCGGUCGAGUUCUAUCGCGCACAGUUAGAUAGUAAGACAUUGACGGCCGCUGUGAACUUAGUGGCUAUCGAGCCGCUCGGUCAUGGCGUAACAACAUGCGCUACGGAGCACUUCACCUACUGGGACACUGCGCUCAUUGCAUUGCAGGCCCUUGAGGCUUUAGGCGUAAAGAAGGCCUACGCAUUAGGAACUAGCCAAGGAGGUUGGAUUAUCAUGAGGAUGGCACUGCUGGCGCCGGAGAAGAUACUGGGUCUCAUUCCUCUUGGCACGUCGAUGGAUGCUGAAACUAGCGAAUCCCGUGAGAAGGGCUGCUGGGAUCCGGUCCCAUUUCUACAACCAUUCCUUGAGAAAUGGGGUAGCCCUACCCCCAACUUCGUCGUCGGUGACGACUGGAUCCAAGCCGUAAUUGGGUUGGGUUUCGGAUCUGCAGGAACCCCUCAAGCCCUCGAGUUCUGGACUGAGACCCUCCGUCGCGUCUACUCGGGGGACGAGGGACGCCGCAAGCUCCGGAUGGCUGCCAUCUGCUUGGCGGACAGAGAUGGGCUGCAACUCAGACUUGGAGAUAUUAAAUGUCCCGUUAAUUGGCUACAUGGAUCUGCCGAUGCCAUCUUCACUUAUGUAGUUGCUCAGGAGCAUUUUACACUAUUCACGGGCUCAUGCGACGCCCAGUCUAACGUGCUCGAGGGCGGUGCUCACUUCCUGGUUGCGACGCAUGCUAAGGAGGUUGAGGAUGCAAUUUUGGCCAUGACCGCAAAGGCCUAGGCUAUAUUGUUACUGACAGGGCUAAGGUGUACACGUCCUAGACUUUCAUAUGGAAUUCGGAUAAUUGGUCAAGACUUCUGCAUCUUUACGACUGGGGUUAGGUUAGGUAGGUACGGGGGUAUCAGAGGACAAAGCAAGUAGGUCAUCCAAUGUAAGUUUCAAUAAGAGGUUGUUGCAUGCCUCGAAGUUGAACUUAGCAUUAUUUUAUACAAUUGAAAACCACUCUUUGACACCAAGGCUAUUUGGGCCAAACCUGUUAAGCACAUCACUUGGCUGGUGUUUAGACAAUGAUUUGAGUGCUUGUCUCCCUAGCAGCCGAAGCCCCUGUCACUGUUGAGCCGCUGACGCAAGACAGCGUCAAUAAUAUCAAAUGCACGAAUCAUCGUCAACAG